AUGAAAACAAAAGAAGUUGAAAUUCGUGAUGAUUCAAAUGAUUUAGUUCCGAAAACAUCUUAUCAACAAACAUCUAUUGAAGAUUCACAUAGAUCAGACGAUCAAAAAUUACACGAUAACGCUCAACAAUCAACAACAAAUACUGAAAAUUUAAAUGGUUCACGUGAUCUUAUAUCUCGAUUUGAACAUAAUCCAUCAUCAACAACAACAACUAAAAAAUCAUUAACUAAUUUAUCACCAACAUCUCCAACAUCAUCUUCAUCAACUUCAAGAACAAUUCGUUCACAAAUUCAAGAUCCAUCCGAAAAACCUUUAACAACAACAACUUCUUUACAAUCAUCAACAAAUUCAAAUACUAUUAUGAAUGGCAUGACGUCUUGA